AUGUUGAAGUCUUCAGAUAUGGAGACUCCAAAUAAAGAAAAUUCCAUUCAAUCUCCUUUUUCUGAGGGAAGAUCUGAAUGUGCUGACAGUCCAAGAUCUCUGUCUUCUUCUGAUCAAGAAUCAGGUAAUGAAAAUGAGUGGACCAAAGACCAUUGUGCCUCUAAUAUUAGCAUCCCUGUUGUGUCUAUGAAGCACAGAGAUCCCCUGGAGAUUCUUAGCAAAGUUUUUCCAAACCAUAAACACAGCAUAUUAGAAAGCAUCCUGCACUUCUGCAAAGGAGAUGUUGUUCAAGCCAUAGAGAUGGUUUUAAAUGGAAAGGAACAAGUUGUGAAGGAAAAUGAAACUCCAUCAGGAUCAGAUGUCAACACCUUUACAAAGGACACAACAAUCAAUAUUACUGGCUUAGGUUUUGGUGCUUUUGGCUCUAAGUCAGCGUUUUCCCCUUUGUAUCCUAAUCCAUCGGCUGCUGGAAGUGAUACAAAUAUCUUUCAUUCUAGACUUGGCCUAAAUCCAUUACACUUUACUUAUUCCACAACUAACAGAGGACUUCCUGGGUUUAUAUCCCCUUACAGCUUUGUUCCAUCUUUUCCUUUUCGCCCCGGCAUGGAUUAUGCAUUCCCUGGAAUGUUAAGGGAUGCAUCUUAUUACCCACGCAAAGAUACAAUGAAUUUCUCUGGACUUUACUCUAGAUUGAACCAAGAACAUCACUAG